CUCAUUGCCCGUAUCGUAACAGAAACAGCUACCAUGGAUCCGCAAGAUUAUGAGCGCACGAUUGUGCCCUUCUUGAAAGGCAUUAUUACGCGACUAAUUGGUGGAAGGGACGAAGUCGCCAUGUACGAGGAUCUGUUUCAAACAUGUCUGUCGCAGUACAUCUCCCGAUUUGUUGGCCAGGAGCCUGUCCAGAUCAAUUGGUCAAGGAAUCUAGUGAGAUGCAAUUGCCGUGACUGCAUGGAUCUGAACGCAUUUCUGCGCAGCCCUGUAUAUCGUGUCGAAGGAGUCCGUGUGCCGAAACAGCGCCGACACCAUCUAGAUACUCAGCUGGAUGCAUACACAGAUUGC